AUGAAUCGUAAUCAGCCUGCCAUGAAUCAGAAUCAGAAUCAGCAUCAGCAUCAGCCUGCCAUGAUGAAUCAGAAUCAGCAUCAGCCUGCCAUGAUGAAUCAGAAUCAGCAUCAGCAUCAAAAUCAGCUGCCCCCUGAGGAUUCCACUUACAAUGAAGGUCUUGGUGUUCAACUUCACGUGAAUUACCAUCGUCGAACGAGGGCUCCCACUCGAUUGGUGUUUGCGAGACUACUAAAGGCUGGGUUGGCUAUCUCCUUUCUUUAUGCUGCUCUUUCUCAAGCUUACAUAUUAAAGAAAUGGGCUGGUCAAAACCCCAAAGCUAUCACAGAUGAUGACACACCACCUGACUUCUUUUGGAAAGGAGGAGAAGAAGAAGAAGAAGAGGACCCUGGAGGCGAUGACAAUUGGUCACGCAAAAAACAAAACCAAGACCAUCAGCAAAAGCAAAAGCAAAUAAAGUUCGUCUUUGAAGGGAUCACGGUUGAUGGAUUAUCGCCGCCGACAGUACCUCCAGCACCAACACAGUUGUUUCCACCAACGUCGUCCAUGGGACCCGUAGAGGAUGGCCGAGAUAAGUCUGAAGAGGAAUCCAAAGCGGAAUCAUUGGUGACUCUUCAUCCUGCCGCACCCAAACGGCCAAGGGAAAUAGCACAACAACAGCAACAGCAAAACACAAAUAAAUCGAACGCCACUCUACAUUUGAUUCCACGAGACCAAGUCGAAUUCUUGGACAAGUUUUCGGAUUCCUGGCUCAUUCCCAAAAAGAAUUUGUUGGGAAUCAACGUGCCGACCAUUGAUUAUGUGGAACAGGCAUGUUUUCAAAUCAUGAUCCGUAACGAUGCUCGGAUGACGCUCGAUUGGACCGACUUCAUGGUAGAACACUUGAGCAAAUGGUGGAGCGAACUCAAAGUGACAGUGGAUAUGGACAAACACAUGUUUGAUCAUACGAUACAUCUCUUGCAACAGUACAUUGACAAACAAGCUCGAGAAAUUGUCACGACUGCUGCUCGUACCCGAAAUGGUGCGAGAAUACCGAAUGCUGAUACCAAUACUAGGACUACUCGCACUGAGGAAGAAGAAUUACCCAAGAGUCCGUUGCACCCGACAGUUGCAAUGAUAGCCUAUCAAACCUACACAAGUGUCUUUCAGGAACGAGAAAGGUUGCUCUCGCCUCAUUCGCUCGCGGCCUCACUCAUGCCGCUCAUACACGUUGGGUUUGGCAGAAUUCUCAUUGUGGGAUACAAAUCAGAUGAUUGGAAACAUGCCUGGGGUGCACUCGAAUUGGUGGCUUCCAAGAUUCCAGGAGCUAUUUUGGAGAAUAUUAAUGCCAUCAACACAACAACCAAUACUACUACUACUACCAAUACGACGGCAAAUACUGCUGCCCCGAAUACUUCUACCACGUCAUUCUCCAUGAAGGUGGGCCAUACAGAAAUUGCCUACGUCCAAAUCCCGAGCCAAUCGUGGGUCAAAACGAAUGCCUACGAGAUCAACGUGCCGAAAGGAGCACUCUUUGGCGUACAGGCGGCAAUCAAAGGCAACUUGACCAAACAAUUUCACAAUGCAUCGGCGGAGGAUUGGUUGGGGACUACUUAUGAUCGAUCCUAUUGGAAGUAUUUUUACUUGACCGAACCGGAUACCAUUUUGCACACCAAAAAACACUUAUUGUCAUUGAUUAGGGAUGGCUUGGAUCGAGGGAUAAUGUACAUGCCACAUCGAUUGCAACCUAUACCACACGAAUACAACCUUCCGCCCGCCAAAAAAGGCGCGAAUCAACAACAGGAUGUCACAAAAGGCAACAAAUAUCUAUCAAAACGGUACAAGGGACGAUAUCUUCCGGGAGACAUUCAUCCCUUUUCGAACAUUACGUUUUUGGAUCGAGAUGACCACUGCUGUGAUGCUGGCAAAGGCUGGCCUGGAAGAAGCGCAGAAUUUGGGGAAAAGCAAAUUCCCUGUGGCACUUGGUGGUGGGGAUGUGGGUUCGACAGGGUUGUGGACGUUCGGCAAUUGAAUGCCACUUUGAUACGAGAAAAACACAAGCGACUGCUUUCCUACUCCAUCAUGUCUCUCAACAGCGGCACUGGUGUCAUAUUUGGUCCAGCGGAACAAGGCAGAAGAUGCUUUCCUUCCAAGGAGCCAUGCAGUUUUAGUUCUUCGGAGUAA